AUGACCAAGAAAGUUGAAGUGGACGACCCUAUCGACGAGGCCACGGAGACCUUCCGAAACUCGAUUUCAACCCAAAAAUCGACCACUCAGUUCACCGACAAAACCCCAUGGCUCUCGAUCAGCAUCGUGGCGGCCAUGACCACCUGCACGGCCGCUCAAUACAGCGUGUAUUUCAGCUCCAUGUGGCCGUAUUUGCAACGGGUAAGGGAGAGAUUUUGAAAGGCGAAAAAUAGAGGGAAUUUUGGGGAUAGAAAGAUAAAAAUUUUUUUAAAGUUACAUUCGAAUUUUAAGAAGAAAUUUCCAAGGUUUUAGAGCAAACAAAAAUAAUUUUUUUUUUGAUGGACAGGGGGGAGUAAGGUCAAUUUUUUUGGCCAGGUGAACACAUCAAAUUUAAAUUUUUUCCAAACUCGGAGAAUUUUAGAAUACGAUUUUCUAAGAUACUAUUGAAAUUCUUCGACCCUGAUUUGCAAAAAUCACCAAAAUUUUGAAGUCGAAAAUUCAGAAAGUCCCAAAAAAUUUUUUCGUUUUUUCAGCUUAAAAAUUUUAACGCCACUUUCUAAUGCAAUGCACAAUGUCCUUGCGAAAAAUUAAUUUUUUCCGAGCGAAAUUGGCCGAGAUACGGCGGGCUUUUCUCUAGCCACUCUCCUCGUUUUUAGUGCUCUCUCGGAAAAAAGAUCAUUGUCUCAGUGCUUUUUGCAAAGUGUGAGCUAAAAUUCGCUGUAUUUUACCUUUGCUGAUAGAGAAUAAAAUCAAGAUCCUAGAGAAAUCCGACAUAUUUUGGGGUACCCUAAUAUAAUAUAAUAUAAUAUAAUAUAAUAUAAUAUAAUAUAAUAUAAUAUAAUAUAAUAUAAUAUAAUAUAAUAUAAUAUACGAUAUUUUUUCAUAAAUCAUUUUUCCCCAAAAAAAAAGCUUUUUUAGUUGGAUCCCGAGACUACCGAGCCAUUUGUUGGCCUUUGCGCCGCCGUUUACUCCCUUGGCCAGAUCGUGUUUGCCCCCGUGAUUGGUUGGUGGAGUAACCGUAUAAAGAAUAUUCGAAUCCCGAUUGUUGUGGCCAUAUGUCUUCAGAUGAGUGGAAAUUUCAUAUACCUCUUUGCUCAAGUCUUUCCACCUCCGUAUGGAAAAUAUGCAGUGGCGUUUAGUCGAUUUUUAUGCGGAAUGGGGUCAAGUAAGGAUCGGUUUGAUAUUUUUGGAUACUUUUUGAUACUCUUUACAGUUUUAUUUCUGUUUUGAGGAUUUUUGAGGAGUCUGCGUUAUUUUGCAUUUUUGGGGGUUUCAAAACUUUGGAUCACAUUUGAUACUUUUGGAUACUUUUUGAUCAUUUUUGAUACUUUUUGCUAAUUUUGUUCUAAAAUGUCUUUAGUUGGUUCUCUUGUUAUUUUUUUCAUCUAUGGGAUCAUUUUUGGCACUUUUUGAUCACUUUUUUGACUUUUUUAGGCAAAUAUCACGCUUUUGAGGACCUACGCAUCCACUUGGAGCAUUUUUGAUACUUUCUAACCACUUUUAAGAACUUUCACAAAUUUUGCUUAAAAAAGUGUUGUUUUUAUCUUUUGGAUCACUUUUGACACCUUUUCCCCCUAAAUCUCCCCUGUUUCAGGCAAUAUUGGGCUUCUGAAGACCUACGCGGCCACUGCCAGCCGAAAGGAAGACCGAGCCCGAUCCAUUGCGACUUGUACGGGUGGACUAGCGAUGGGGUUGAUUGUUGGGCCGGGUAAACCUACUGUAAUAUAAAUACUCUAACCGAUUGUUUAUAUUUUAGCAAUCCAACUUCUCUUUACACCAAUUGGAGAGGAGGGUUGGCGGAUUACCUCCUGGUUUGCGUUGAAUAUGUACACCACGCCUCCGUUGGCCGUCUGUUUGGUCAAUAUCACAGCCAUGUGCACCAUGGCGUUUCUGUUUAAGGAGGUUUAUGCCGGCCUACUGGAUAAGGCAUGUUUUUUAAGUUGAUUUUUAGGCGAUUUUAGGGGAAAGUGUCAAAAGUGAUCCAUGAUACUUUUUGAUCACUUUUGCUCCAAAAUUAAUUCAGCUGCUUUUCCGAUGUAUAGAAACUGUUUUUAUCGAAUUUUCAACAGUUUUAACAAAAAGUAUCACAAAGUGUCAAAAGUUAUCCAUGAUACUUUUUGAUCAUUUUUGCUCCAAAAAUAACUACACUGCUUGUUCAAUGUUUAGAAACUGUUCUUAUCGAAUUUUCAACAAUUUUAACAAAAGGUAUCAAAAAGUAUCAAAAGAGAUCCAUGAUUCUUUUUGAUCAUUUUUGCUCCAAAAUGACCUCCAUUGCUUUUUCAACUCUUUCAAACAUGUUUUUGUUGAAUUCUGAGCAGUUUCAGAAAAAAGUGUCAAAAAGUAUCAAAAGUGAUCCAUGAUACUUUUUGAUCACUUUUGAUCCAAAAUCACCUAAAUUUCUUUUUCAACGUUUUCAAACCCGCUUUUAUGGUAUCUUUAACCAUUUUAACAAAAAGUAUCGAAAAAUAUCAAAAGUGAUCCAUGAUACUUUUUGAUCAUUUUUGCUCCAAAACAACCUAAACCGUAUUUCAGACGGCCUCCGACAUUCCCAAGCUCCCUCCAGCCGACAAAGUGGGGCUUUGGGUGUGUUAUAUCAUCCGUUCCGUGCAAAUGUUCACCUUCAGCUCCAUCGAAACCCUCUCCGCUCCGGUUGCAAUGACAAUCUUCGCUUUAUCACGAACCGAUGCCGUCGCACUGGUCGCUAUUGUGCAUGCGGCAAUGUCGUUGCUCGAACUCUUCAUGUACGUCUGUUUUGUGGGGUGCAAGUUGGACCGGUACGUGAAUGAUCGGUUGGUCUGCCUGGUGGGCUGUGUUGGAAUCGCAUUCUUCUACGCCGCCAGCUUCCCAUGGCCAUUCUUGAGCCAGCCGAUGGUCCGGUACAACGAAACGAGUAAGUUUUUGUGCGUUUUUGGCGAUCUUUUGACAAAAUUUCCCAUCUGAUGUCAUGUAUAAUAUAAAAUGAAUAAAAAAACGUAUUUUAGUGGCAGCGGAAUUGAAAAUCAUGGGAAAAGAGCCUUUAGGAUGUAAUGUGGACCAUCUGCCGUGGUGCGAAUAUACGCCACAAGUCAACAUUUAUCUGUAUUACAUACUUUUCGCAUUGAUCAUGACGGGCGGAUUUUGUGUGAUUAAUAUCACAAUGAACACCAUUUUCUCGUCGAUUAUUGGGCCUAGACGACAGGUAGGUGAUGCUUUUUCAUUGUCAACGCAUUGGGGCCGCGAUUCACGAAGUUCCCUGAAGAUCAGGGAGAUCGUGGCGGAACCCAAAAAAUCUUUGAUGACUGCGAUUUUUCGUAUAAAAUGGCACCUCUAUCGUACAAUAGGAUGACUAAAAGUUUACUAGAGGUAGAAGCUAAAAUUUUAGCCUAAAAUUUUACAUCAUUUUAUAUUAUGCAUGAAAAAAUUUUUUUAAAUAAUUUCGAUUUUUUUCGUAUAAAAUGGCACCUUUAACGUACAGUAAGAUGCUCAAAAAUUUAUUAGAGGUAAAAUAUCACAAUCCAGCCUCAAAUUUUACCUUAUGUUAUAUUAUCUAUGACAUAAAAUUGUUUAAUUAAUUUCAUUUUUUUCGUAUAAAAUGUCCCCCAGACACGACAAUAAGACAAGUAAAAAGUCAGUAGACUCAUAAACUCAAAUUCCAACCGAAACUUUUGCAAUCUUUUAUAUUAUCCAUGACAUUUGCAGGGAACGCAUCAAGGAUUUCUUCAAAUGAUGGGCUCGGUGGGCCGACUGACCGGUCCCUUGCUGGUCAGCAACUUGUACACCUAUUUCGGGAUUCGCUACGCAUGGGGGCUCGAGUUCGGAGUGUGCGUGUUCGCGGCGUUGAUCUGGGUUUUCAACUACGACCAUCUGAUUCCGAUCGAAGAAAAGAUGGAACGACAAAAAGUGGGGGCUCAGGAAGACGAAAAAGUGAUGGCGGAAAGCCUCGGAAAGAGCAGCAUCUUUUGA